CGCCAUAGUAACACCUGGGUUUAGACGCACCAGUGGAGAUGGGGUCUGAGCGUACGGUUCUCUCGGUGGCACAGGACGGGGGACCUAAUCAAGCUCAGACCCCCGCAGACGGGCCCAGGACCCCACAUUUGGACACCCUCAGAACCAAGCGCCUGCAGUUCUUCUGCAAAAAUCAAAGCAUCCAGAACUCAUUGGAACCAAAAAGGGCAGCAGCCCAUGCGGACGGGUUGAGCAACAGGCAGGUGCCUUUGGACCCGCUCCGGGAUGAGGCAGAACUGGACCCGCUGCUGUUACAGGACUCUGAUGUCCCAGAACACCAGAAGCUGAGGCAUCCCAGCCCCGAGCCCCACCCCUUUAUCCGCCCCCUCUCCCAGCCCAGCCCCGAGCCCCGCUCCUUUCCCCGCCCCCUCUCCCAGCCCCGUGCCCUGAGCCCCACCCCUUUCCCCGCCCCCUCUCCCAGCCCAGCCCUGAGCCCCACCCCUUUCCCCGCCCCCUUUCCCAGCCUAGCCCUGAGCCCCACCCCUUUCCCCGCCCCCUCUCCCAGCCCAGCCCUGAGCCCCGCCCCCUGUCACAGCCUGGUGAAGACACAGGGUCAUUCGGAGGUGCAGCUGAACCGAAAGGAGCUGCAGGACUGCACCGAGGUGGGCAGAGAGAGGGCAGGCAGACUGCGGUCUCAGUAUGUUGACUCCAGUGAGAGCAGAUGUAUGAAUCUCACUGGAGUGCGUAGGGAUUUAUACUGUGAGAGGGGAGAGAGUAGGAGAGCCCUGGCAGCUAGUGCACAUCCACCUAUAUCUAUUUUGGAAGAGAUUCCCCCUAAGAGUGUUUCACCUGUAAUUGCACCUGCUGACCACACAACCGCAGUGCUAACCGCUAACACACCUGGUAACCAGAUAACUGCAGAGCUAACCGCUAACACACCUGCUGACCACACAACCACUGAGGCUAACACACCUGCUGAUCACACAACCUCAGAGCUAACCACUAACACACCUACUAAUCAUACAACUGCAAAGCUAACCGCUAACACACCUGCUAACCACACAACCGCAGAGCUAACCGCUAACACACCUGCUAACCACACAACCGCAGAGCUAACCACUAACACACCUGCUAACCACACAACCGCAGAGCUAACCGCUAACACACCUGCUAGCCACACAACCGCAGAGCUAACCGCUAACACACCGGCUAACCACACAACCGCAGAGCUAACCACUAACACACCUGCUAACCACACAACUGCAGAGCUACCUGCUCCUGCCCAAGCAGAAGACCCAGUGAGAGAGACACACACAGGACUGCAGGACGGGUGUCGCAGCAGUUCUGAAAAGAAGCAGCCUGUUGAAGCAAAGAAACCACCAGGGUCGUCAUGGCCCAGGCGAGCAGUAAGUUCAGGCUCCUCUCGCCGCAGGAGGUUCUGGGAGAAGUCCAGCAUGCUGUGGUCAUCCUACGCUGAAGGCACAUUGCUACCGAGAGUGAAACCCUCCGCCCGGCCAGCUGUGACCUCAUGCUCAGUGGCUGCCUGCACUCCCCAGGACUCUGCCCUCAGUUCAGACUCCAGUCCUUUGAAAGACAGAAUUUGCCCUGGAACAAAUGCUCCACAGCAUCACAUGCCAGGGGGCACCGUCUCCAAGCCGUGGCUGUCUCUUCCUGAUGAGCUGUGGAUGGCCAUCCUGAAGCUGAUGUCCCACAGUGACUUGUGCCAUGUAGCGCAAACCUGCCAUCGCCUGUGUAGACUGGCCAAUGACAGGACACUGUGGCAGGUGGUGAGGAUUGAGAACAGUGCGUGUCUGAAUGCUGAUUGGCUGAGCAGUAUAGGGAGGCGGGGCCCUUGCAGCCUGACCCUGUGCAGGUGUACGGACGAGCAUGUCACUCCGCGGGGCCUGGAGGAGCUGUUCGCCCAAUCAGGCGGCUCCCUGAAGGAGCUGAGGAUUGUGAACUGCAGUGGACCCGGUCUCCAUGGAAACAAGCUCCUCCUCCCCUGCAGUCGGUACUGCCCUCGCCUAACCAAUGUGGACGUGAGCUGGACCGGCGCCACGGACACCGGCAUUGCUGCGCUCGCUAGCGCCACCAGCAGGCAGGGCCCUCACACAGCACAAGCAUUGAGCUCGCUAACACACACAAGUUCAGAAACGCAUCCAUACGCUGUGGGUUGGGUCAGUCCCCAUGUGGCACUGCGAUGUCAUUGUCUAAUGAUAGCGUAUUUCUUCCCUUGCAGUUUGGAGAGUGUGGUGGUCAAUGGAUGCAGUAUAACUGACAGGGUCUUUAAAAUUAUCGUCAAACGACAUGGAAGAAGUCUCCGCAGGUUGGAGGUUUUUGGGUCCCGCAGUCUCAGCGCCCCGUGUCUGGGCCUCAUGGCGACGUGUUGCCCCAACCUGAAAGUGGUGAACCUUGGGAAGCUUCCGAACGUCACAGAGGCGUGUCUGACCUUCAUCAUCGGCCGCCUGAAGCAGCUGACCUCCCUCGACCUGACAGGACUCGCUGUGGUACGGGAUCAGACUGUGCACCAGAUAGCACGGCAGUGCCCCAAGCUCCAGGAUCUCACACUCCGCUGCUGUCCCUCCGUCACCGACCGCAGUCUGAUCGAGAUUAGCACCUACAGCACCUCCAUCAGGUUCUUGGAUGUGAGUGGCUGUUCAGCUGUGACAGAUUUGGGGAUUCAGGCGAUUUCCAAGGCCUGCCAAGGUCUUCAGUACCUGGACCUCAGCUCCACCAAAACCAGCAACAAAGGGGUCCAGGUCCUGGCCAGUUACGGCUCCAGGCACCUGCACACUGUGAAAAUCAGCUUCUGCUACAUCUGCCAGGACUCCCUCCGAAAACUCUGCCGAUACCACACAGGGCUGAGGCUGCUGCAUCUCUAUGGAGCCUGUGACUUCCACAACGUCCAGGAGCUCAGACUCAUCAACCCCAGCCUGGAGAUGAAGUGCGAUCUCGCCUGCCUGACCCCACCCGGGCUGCCGCAUUAAUCACACAGCUGGACCGCAUUAACCCUGCCGGCUGGCACUCAGUCAGUCAUUAAAGCUGAACACGCUCGAGGAUUUAAAUACUGCACGUGUCAUUUGUGUAGUUAAAUACUGCUCCUAUAGUUUGUGCAGUUCAGCACUGUGGUUUGUAUAUGCAUUGUAUAUGCAUACUUGUAAUUCAAGUUCUUGUUAAAAGUCCUAGCUCUGGUAAUUGUUUGAUAAAGAAGCCAGAUAAUUGUAAUUGUUAGAAAACUACGUGAUUACAUUAUCAAUGUAUAAUAUCUGAAAAUCAUGUAUCUGUUCAAUCUGCUGAGAAAUCUUUG